AUGGCAGUGUGGAUCAGGAUUCCUAGUCUCCCUAUUGGAUUGUAUACAGCACAUCACCUUUGGAAAAUUGGGAAUAUAUUUGGGAGGACACUUAAAGUGGAUAGAAAUUCUCUUCACAAAAGUGAUUCUGGCCUUGAAGUCGUCACAGAGAGGGAAAGGUUUGCUCGUUUAUGUGUAGAGGAGGACCUAAGGAAGAACUUCCUGUCCAAAUUCAAAAUAGGUGAUAGACUUUCCAGGAAAGACCAGUGUUCUAAUAGUAGUCAGCAGGAGGUUCAGAAGGAAAUUGGAAGAGAAGGACCUGUUAUUAAGGGUACCAACAAUAACGAACAGCCUAAGGUAGAGAAGAAUCACAGUGAGGCAUUUGGUGACGGGAUGGUGAUUCAGAGGCAAACUAGAGGAAGAAAAUUAAAGGUUGUCCCGGCUAAGAACAUAGAUGAAGGUAAGGGUGAGGUUGUUCUAGGGGGAAAUAAGGAGGAUCAUCCUAAGGAGGUUUUAAGUAAAGAAGGAGGUGAGACUCCAAUAUCAUUGGAGAUUGAUGCUCAAUCUAAGGAGGAGGGGAAAUUACAGUAUCCUUUGGUGGGCUUGGCUGGUUUGAUUAGCUCUGGUAAUCAGAGGAGAAUGAAGGGGACAAAGGGCAAAGCUAGGAAAAUUCCCCCUAAAGAUGGGAAGGAGAAAGGUAGGGGUCCUUCUAGUCCUUUGCAAAAAAAAAUUGGGACUGAAAACAAGUCUCCUAAUACUAUAUUGGAAGGCCCUUAUAAGGCAGCUAGCAGAAUGAAGGAAAAUGGGAAAGCUCCUUUUGGGGUGAAAGAUAGGGUUGAUGGAUUGAUUAAUCAGGAAGGGAAAAAAAGGGAAAGGAUCUAA